AUGCUAGAAGCAUUCUUCAAUCUUCGCAAGUACGAACUAUUGGGUAACACAGAAAUUAUGAUUGGAGCGUUGUCUAUCACUACAACAACAAUUCUUCUGCUUGUUGUUACCGGUACAAUUCGAUCGUGGGCACUACCGAAGAACGUGUGCAGAUCUCCUGUUGGCUUACAAUCGACAAGCAAACCAGCAACUGUCGUUGGAACUGGUACUGCUGCUUCGUGCAAUCAAGCUGCAUUGGUGGCCGCACUUUUGAAAGGUGGAAUCAUCACGUUCAACUGUGGAAACUCUGGAAUACCUGUGACCAUUCCUAUCACCAGCGAAUUGCAAGUUGCCAAAGGUGUUGAUACUCUGAUCGACGGAGGUGGUAUUGUGACAUUGGACGGGCAAGGAAAGACCAGAAUAUUUCGAUUCGAUCGCUUGUUUUAUGGAAAUGCAACACCAAUAUUUACCGUUCAACGACUUCGACUUAUCAACGGAUAUUGUCAAGACAAUGGCGGUGGAUGUGCUAUCUUACAAAAAAAUGGCGGCACAACUAAAAUUAUCAAUUGUGUCUUUGAGAACAACACAGGUGCUGUUACUGGUCAAGAUACAGCCGGUGGUGCCGUCUAG